AUGAGGAGGAGAGCACUACUGAGAAAAGCCAGCUCUCUGCCUCCGACCACUGCGCACAUCCUGAGCGCUCUGCUGGAGUCCAGAGUUAACAUACCACAGUAUCCAUCCACCGCUGUGGAUUUUAAAUACUACCUGAAAGAGCACAACGAAAGAGAGUUUUUCUUAGAACUGGUCAAAGACAUUUCAAAUGAUUUGGAUUUAACAAGUCUGAGCUAUAAAAUUCUCGUGUUUGUUUGUAUUAUGGUCGACGCAGACCGGUGCUCCUUGUUUUUGGUGGAAGGCACAGGAAACAAGAAGACACUGAUGUCUAAAUUCUUUGAUGUGCACGCGGGUACCACAGUUUUGCCCUCAAUGAAUUCUGGCGAAGUUCAAGUGCCCUGGGGAAAAGGCAUCAUUGGCUAUGUGGCUGAACACGGAGAGACAGUGAACAUCCCUGACGCCUAUCAGGAUCGACGAUUCAGUGAUGAAAUCGACAAGCUGACAGGCUACAAAACCAGGUCACUUUUGUGUAUGCCUAUUCGCAACAGUGAUGGGGAGAUUAUUGGAGUGGCUCAGUCCAUCAACAAGACUUCAUGUGGAGAACUCUUCACUGAAGACGAUGAAAAGUACACUAGAGACAAAAUGGUGGAGAAAGAAGAACGGACCCGGCAGGAGCAACGCUGGAACGCUAUGCAGGAUCAAGUCCAGGAACUUCAGCAGCAGCUAAUGCGGAUGCAGACAGAGUGUUCUGCACAUCCAGAACCGACCUCGCGGCCAGCAACGGCUCAGACAGAGCAGAGGAGGGGGCGCACAACCCCAGUUCUUGUGAAUGGCCACUGUGCAGAGGCACUGUUAGAUUCUGGGUGUUUUCAGACUGUAGUACGGUCCUCUUUGGUUCCGCUUGAGCGGCAGUCACCUGAAAAAGCUCGGCUCAUCUGUAUCCAUGGGGACGAGCACAACUACCCUACAGGAGAGGUUUAUCUUACGGAGCCUUCUCAGCAGUUUUUGGUGCGUGCUGUGAAAGAUGAGGAGAUUACAGAAAAGUUCUUCCCUGUCCCUCCCAAAGAGCCAGCUGCCAUUGACCUUUCUCACCUCUCUCCCCCUCAGCAGGACGAGAUAAAACCUUUCUUGAACCCAGAUGCUUCUGGGGUGGGACUAGGAGCAGUCCUCCUCCAGGAGAAGGAUGGGGAACGAAGGCCUGUUGUCUUCCUGAGUCGGCGGCUGCUGGACCGGGAGACUCGCUACUCGGCAGUGGAGAAGGAAUGUUUGGCGAUGAAGUGGGCGAUUGACUCCCUGCGCUACUACCUGCUUGGAAGGCACUUCAUCCUGGAAACAGAUCACCGGGCACUUCAGUGGCUACACCGCAUGAGAGAGGCAAAUACCCGCAUCGCUGGAUGGUACCUGGCCCUCCAACCCUAUAACUUCACGGUGCUGCAGAUGUACCUCCCCUUCUGUGGGAUUGCCAUCUCCAACGCUCAACUCUUUGCUGCCUCUAGAAAGGAAUAUGACAGGAGUCGGGCGCUCUUGGAGGUUGUCAAUGACCUGUUUGAGGAGCAAACUGACCUGGAGAAGAUUGUCAGGAAGAUCAUGCACCGUGCUCAGACAUUGCUUAAGUGUGAGCGCUGUUCCGUGCAGCUGCUGGAGGACAUUGAAUCACCGGUGGUCAAGUUUACAAAGUCAUUUGAGCUGCUGUCUCCUAAGUGUAGCGCUGACACUGACAUCAGCAGUUUCAAAGACAGCAUGGAGAAAUCCUCCUACUCAGACUGGCUCAUUAACAACAGCAUUGCAGAGCUGGUGGCCUCCACAGGACUGCCUGUAAACAUCAGUGAUGCCUAUCAGGACCCACGCUUUGAUGCUGAGGCCGACCAGUUUUCAGACUUUCACAUUCGCUCUGUGCUUUGCGUCCCUAUAUGGAAUAGCAAUCAUCAGAUUAUUGGAGUUGCUCAAGUGCUCAACAGAUUGGACGGCAAACCCUUUGACGAUGCAGAUCAACGUCUGUUUGAGGCCUUUGUUAUUUUUUGUGGACUGGGCAUCAACAACACCAUCAUGUAUGACCAGGUGAAGAAGUCCUGGGCCAAGCAGUCUGUGGCUCUGGAUGUGCUGUCUUACCACGCCACGUGUUCAAAAACUGAAGUUGACAAAUUUAAGGCGGCCAACAUCCCUCUCGUCUGUGAGCUGGGCAUUGAUAAAUUAUCUUUUGACGAUUUCUCUUUGGAUGUGGACGCCAUGAUUACUGCUGCUUUACGAAUGUUUAUGGAGCUGGGAAUGGUGCAGAAGUUUAAGAUCGAGUAUGAGACACUGUGCAGAUGGCUUUUGACCGUACGGAAAAACUACAGAAUGGUUCUUUAUCACAACUGGCGACAUGCCUUCAACGUCUGCCAGUGCAUGUUUGCUAUGCUAACGACAGCGGGCUUUCAAGAAACUCUGACAGAGGUGGAAAUCCUGGCUCUCAUUGUGGGCUGUGUGUGUCAUGACCUCGACCACCGCGGCACUAACAAUGCAUUUCAGGAAAAGACAGGGUCGGCUCUGGCGUUGCUCUAUGGGACGUCCGCCACACUGGAGCACCACCACUUCAACCACGCUGUCAUGAUCCUACAGAGUGAGGGCCACAACAUCUUCUCCAACCUGUCAUCCACAGAAUACAGCGACCUCAUGCAGCUGCUCAAACAGUCCAUCCUGGCCACCGAUCUCACGCUCUACUUCGAGAACAGGAACACUUUCUUUGAGUUGGUGAGUGAGGGAGACUACAACUGGAACGUGAAGGCCCACAGAGACAUGUGCAGGUCCAUGAUGAUGACGGCAUGUGAUCUUGGUGCUGUGACAAAACCAUGGGAUAUUUCAAAGAAGGUGGCUGAACUGGUGACCAGUGAGUUUUUUGAGCAGGGCGACCGAGAGAGAUCAGAGCUGAAGCUCACUCCCUCAGCCAUCUUUGAUCGAAACAGGAAGGAUGAGUUGCCGGGGCUUCAGCUAGAAUGGAUUGACGGCAUCUGUUCUCCGCUCUACACGACUCUGGUCAAGUUGAAUCCUAAACUUCAGCCAAUGCUUGACAUGAUCCAAGCAAACAGAUUCAAAUGGGAAGAGCUAAACAAAAAGAGACAACGCGGCCAGAGCCUCUCUGUCCUGGCUGCCCCCUGCAGCGCUGACACCACUGAAGCAAGUGGGAGCUCUGGAGCUAAAACCAGCUGCAGCAGCACCAGCAUCAGCACCAGCAUCAGCACCAGCAUCAGCAUCAGCACCAGCACCAGCAUCAGCACCAGCAUCAGCACCAGCACCACCAGCAGCGGUGCAUGUUGCAGUGGUGCUUGUGAAAGCACCCUGAAACCUGUUAGUUAA